AUGCCCGAGCCAGUCAAAGCCACCAAGGAGGAGGCUCCUGCUGCCUCUGCAGCCAAGACGACCGAGACUUCGGUCAAGCGACCAAGCGAGAAGGAACAACUCCUGUCGCUGCUCCGACACAACUUCCUCUUGAUCGAGCGCAGCGUCUCACACAUCGAACAACGCUUCACCGCUCGCGUGCUGCGCACCUUGCCCUAUGUCAGGAGAAAGGUGAAUGCUCAUCCCGAGGUGCUGGCGCUUGCCGUGCAGGAAGGCAUCCUUGCCCGCAACCAGGACGACGCAUCGAUCCAAAAGCAUCUUCUUACUUUCCUGCCUCAGCCAUACAAGCCCGAGCCGCCUGCCGCAAAUGGUGCCAGCUCGACCACUGCUGCGUCUGCUCCUGCUGGCGACGGCAUGGACAUCGAUACUGCCGAGCCCAAGGCGGAAGCUGAGAAGGACGCCAAGGCCGCUCCUGCUGUCGCGUCUACACAGUCUUUGAAGCCGGCUCAGAGGCUGCCUGAAGCUCAGCCUGAGCUGGUCGCCUACCUCCGCUUGCUGGCGCUCGUCCACCUCAUCGACAAUAAAAAGCUCGACGCUGCCUCCAACGAGGCCGUCGCUUGCAUCUCGACCAUCACCGCACAAAACAGAAGGACACUCGACCAUCUCGCAGCUAAGACGAUCUUUUACCUCGGUCGAGCGGAGGAGCUCAAGGCUGAGCAAGCAAAGGCCAAAGGCGGACGCGUCGAAGGUGGUCUCACCGCUAUCCGAACUCAGUUGCUCGGCUUGCAGCGAACUGCAUCUCUCCGUCACGACACCGAGACGGAAGCCACCAUCAUCAACUUGCUCUUGAGGUCGUACAUUGUCGAAGCAAACCUGUACGACCAGGCUGACAAGCUGGUGGCCAGGGCUCCUUUCCCGCGAUCAAGCGCUAGCAACCCUCAAGUCGCCAGGUACGACUACUACGUGGGACGAAUCCGCGCCGUUCAGCUCGACUACACUCAGGCGCACGUGCACUUGCAGCAGGCUAUCCGACGUGCCCCUCAGGCUUCGCUUCCGCAGGAGUCGAGCUCUGCUGGAGGUGACAAUGCUGAAGGUGCUGUCAAAGCAGCGGCUGUCGAGAAAAAGCAGGCCGGCAGCAAGAAAGAGUCGAAUCCCGUCGGUCAAUCUCAGACGGCAGCUGGCUUCUUGCAGACCGCCUACAAGUUCCUUGUUGUCGUCGAAUUGCUCAUGGGUGAGAUUCCGGAACGAUCGAUCUUCCGCACGCCCGUUCUGCGCAAAGCUCUCGCCCCUUACAUGGAGAUCGUCCAGGCAGUCCGCGUCGGCGACCUGCAACGCUUCCAAUCGACACUGCAACAGCACACAUCGCUCUUCCAGACGGACAAGACGCUCUCGCUCAUCGUGCGCCUGCGCCACAACGUGAUCAAGACGGGCAUCCGAAUGAUCUCGCUCUCGUACUCGCGCAUCUCGCUUGCGGACAUCACGCACAAGCUGCACCUCGAGUCGGAGGAGGAUGCCGAGUACAUUGUGGCCAAGGCGAUCCGCGACAAUGUGGUGGACAGCCGAGAUACGCGCGUGGACCACGAAAAGGCCGAGAUGGUGAAUCGCGAGAGUAAGGACCUGUACGAGACGGACGAGCCGAUGCAGCAGUUCCAGCAGAGGAUCCAGUUCUGCCUUCAGCUGCACAACGAGAGCGUCAAGGCGAUGCGCUACCCGCUCAACGGACACAAGGCCGAGCUCAACAGUGUCGCAGAGGCGCACGAGAGGGAGAGAGAGUUGGCCGCCGAGAUCGCCGAUGGCGAUAUGGAUGAUAGCGACGAUGACUGGGCGUAG